GAUAACUCUACUACCAUGUGUCUUUGUGCCUGCAAGUCGCAAGUCACUACUUCGUCUGGUAACGCUGCUCUUUUGUUCCGCAGGCUCUUCGAGAACCACUCCGAGCUGAUCACGCUGUUCACCAAGUUCCGGCAGCUACGGACGCGGGAUGAGCAGGCCGAGUCGCUUGAGCUCGCCGAACACGCCACCAUCGUCAUGAACUCCAUCGACGAGGGGAUCAAGGCCAUGGAUAACGUUGACUUCUUCUUCGACCUCCUCCACCAGAUCGGCGCCUCCCACCGCAAGAUUCCCGGCUUCAAAAAGGAGUAUUUCUGGAAGAUCGAGCACCCGUUCCUGGAGGCGGUGCGGCUGACGCUGGGGGACCGCUACACGGACAACAUGGACAACAUCUACCGCAUCACCAUCAAGUUCCUCAUCGAGACGGUGGUGCGCGGCUACGAGAAGGCCGAGAAGGAGCCCAACGACAACGUGAAGAAGGCGAUCAACUCCGAGGAAGGGAACAGCAGCUCUAAGGCGGCCAAGGGGUCUUGAGAGCGGCCGGCAGGGGGAGGAGGCCGGCCGGGGGUCACCACUACACUGCCGCCCGACCACAGCCAUGGCACACUCGCGUCAUGGCGCGGCUCAACCCAACCAGCGUACCCUUGUCGGGCCUGUGAGACAGUGCAGUGCUGAGCCUUCUGCACGGGGCGUCUUGGUGUACUAGUGAUCAUGUAGCGUAGCUUUGUAACUGUUUGUAACGUCGGCCAUGGAGGGUCGGGCGCGCGAGGCCCAGGGCGCCUUGCCGCAGUGCACGCGCUGGGUGUCGGGCGCCCGACGGACGCACGCAGAUUAUACGUAUAAUGUUAGGCAAUUACUGGAAAACCUUAAUUUUAAGUGACAUGUCGGAGCUGAAUACGAAGUUUAUAUUUUAUUGUUCUUUUUUACAAUAGGAAGUCUUGAUGCCUGUCAAGGAAGCCUAUUUUCGUAGCAGUACCAAUGAGGACGGCGGCCUAGCUGCUCCCGCCACUGUAUUACGUGAACAUCGAUGUCAGUGUCGCUAACAUGCAAAUAGGAUGUCUGUGCUGCAGGUCCUGGAAACAUCCCACCUAGCUGUGUGUUGUACUUUGUGGCUCCGCGCCGCCCCGCGCGAGGCACGGCGGCCAGGCGCGGGCUGAGGGGCCGCGGCGCCGGGGUGUGCCGCCGCCCCCAGCCCGGGGCCCGGCGCACCCCGGGAUGGGCCGCCACAGUGUUGCCUGUUUGUUGAUGUCUCCAUGCCUGCAGUGACUUGAUCUUUCAUGUGACGCCUCGGUGUGUGUGUGUGUGUGUGUGUGUGUGUGUGUUUAUGCUGCGUGCAUAUGAUUUGCGUGUGUGUGUGUGUGUGUGUGCUUGCGUGCGUGCAUGCGUGCGUAUGGUGUUAUGUAGUGUGUGUGUGUGUGUGUGUGUGUGUGUGUGCGCGCGCGCGCGUCUCCACAGUCUGAGUGCUGAGGGAAACACGACGUCAGUCAGACGCCCAAGACUGGAACGCAAGAGCUGACGUCACCCCUGGCCCGCGGCGGCGCCCUCAAAGCCGCCACAUCCCCAGGCGUGCGGGAGAACGAGCUGGAGGGGAGGGGGGAGGGGCGAGGCUGUCAUGUGUGCUUUGGCCGUCACGAAGGGGAGGGCGAGAAGGGGGGGGGGGGGGGGUGAGGGUCGAGGGUAAGCAGCUGAGUCGGGCCGGAAUGAUUAUGUUUGUGAGAAUAACCGAGUUUUGAUUUAAAAUAUCAGACAUUUUUCCGUGGUAACUCUUUCUCGAUGUGUUUGUUUUGAGUCUUAUAAAAUUACCGUUUUGCAGCGCCUCAUGUCACCCCGAAAUGAGUUUGUCGGAAUGCAUUUUCUUAUUCAUUAUAUCACCAUUAUUAUUAUUAUUAUUAUUAUUAUUAUUAUUAUUAUUAUUAUUAUUAUUAUUAUUAUUAUUAUUAUUAUUAUCAUUAUUAUCGCCGUCAUAUCAGCCGAGCACUCGUUGAAGAGAUAAAUGGAUGCCGAAGUGUCAAGCCGAUUGAUAACAACUACCUACUGGCUAAAAUAAAUAAUAAAAUAAAGACCGCAAAUUACAAGAGGAUUCAGAGAGAGAGAGAGAGAGAGAGAGAAUGAGAAUCCAGUGUUCCCUAGGGAGUUAUUUUUUAGCCGUGCGAGGGAGCCGUCGUAAAGUGCCGUGUCCGAGAAUGCGAAGCCCCCCGCCGACCCCGCACCUCCCAACUGGAGAGAGGGGGGAGGGGAGGGCCGCCGGGGAGGUGAAAAAUAAGUCGCAGCUGAGGAACUUCACACCCGUCAGUUAGUUAGUGUCUUAGGGAGAUAAGGAAUGCCACAAUCUGUUCAAUAUAUCAAGCUCGGAUCACUACUACUACUAUUACUACUACUACAAUUUGGAAACCACAUAUGCGAUAACUAUUUCACUAUAUCUAAUUUACUAUCUAUCAGCGUACAAAAUAUUACUCCUAUAUCUAUACGUAUUAUUAACAGUAUAUGCUACUACUACUACUACUACUACUACUACUACUACUACUACUACUCUAUUCGGCACUAUUCUGGCAUUCAUCAGUGUUACUCUUGUACAUAUUAGCUGGUAAGGCAGAGGCGUUUAAGAAAUCCCAUCCUCAACUAGUCUCUAAGUUUUCGACGCGAUGAAGGAGAUUUCGGUGUGUCGCGCGCGUGUUAGCGACCGUUUAGUUGUGUUAGCAUAGCGGUGAGUGUGCGUGUGUGUGUGUGUGUGUGUGGCGAGAAGGAGCUGAAGGAGGAGGAGGUGAUGGUGAAGUGGUGAUGGCGGUGGUGGUGGUGGUGCAGACGAGCCCUCCCCCCCACCGCGACAGCACUGCAGAAUGAGCCCAACUCUAUAAGUAUCACCUUGCACACACGGCUGCUAGGAGACGCGUGUGUGCAGUGACGUUCGUGUCUGUAAAGUGUACUAACGUUAAUAUCUAUCUAUCUACCGUGUCCUUUUUUGCUAGCGUUAUGUAGGUAUGUAAAAAGAGAGAGAAUUCGUAACCCCUCCCAAAGAAUUACAUGGAGGUGCCUGACGCUGGAUUGCCGGGGCCGAGUUGUGCUGAACGAUUUCAAUAACGAACCAACGCUAACUCACAUCCAAGAGCUCAAGAACGGAAGGGUAACAUGUAUCAAGCAACGAGGCGCCUGCACUCCACUGUCACGCCCCGACCUAAAGACCGAAGGAGGCGAAGAAGGAGGAGGAGGAGGAUUUAAUUCAUUGGAUGGAUUAUAUCGUUGUCACUUGUUUUCUUAAUAGGUAGUCUUACGAUAAUGUAAAGUACGGUUAUAUAUAAUCUUGCUGUAGGGUUAAGGAGAGGCGAGUGUGAAAUUCCUCGGUGAACUUACGUAGCAAAAAAAAAUAAUAAUAACGGCGUCGCAGAUAAAAAGCAUUUCCCAUAAAAAAAAAAUUAAAAGCAACUCCCGCACUGGUUUGAUUUUUCUCUCACUGUCAGACCCGUGAAUGUUGAAACCACCAUUUUUAAGAUCCUUACGGUGUGUGUGUGUGUGUGUGUGUGUGUGUGUGUGUGUGUCAGACGUCCACAUCGCCUUCCCUGAUAAUGAGAGAGCGAGUCGCGGCGGCGGGCGAUCACCUAAGUGUGUUGUCGGCCCUCACCUCGGACGCACACACAAUCAAUGCAUCCAAUAUACCUUCUAAAGCUGUGACGGCGGCGUUUUUCCUUUGUUUCUCGUGUGUUACCGACCCCCAGGCUACCUCCCCUGGCCGUUCCCUCUUUUGGUGAAUCGUUCUUUUCUUUUAUUAGGGCAGCACCUAGCGGAGGUUUUUUUUUGUUUUUGUUUGUUUUUUGGCCCUCGGACUUGGCGGCGUAGGGUGGGCGAGGCGACGCGCCCCUGAUUGAUGGCCCGCGGAAAAUUAAGUAACAGGAUUGAUAUCGACACACCCAGAUUCAUAAGCGUCCUGAGAGUAGCAAAUUAGGUAUUACGAUCAUUAUGCGUUGUAACGUCUCUUCAACGCUAAACACUGUAUGGAACUAUUCUUCUGUGGACGUCUUUACACUAAUUCUCACGCGUUAGAAGAAAAAGUAAGGGGACAAAAUGGCAUGGCGGUGGCGAAUGGUGUGUGAGUGUUACUCCUCCCCUCACUCCCUCAUUCACCCGCUCGUCCUUAUAUGUACUGCUCCGGGUUCGCUGUCUCGAGGCUUCACGGUACAACGAGCAGAGUUAGACCCAUAUCCUUAAACCUUUCGAGAGACACACACCUACCCACAAUUCAUAAGGCUUUCGUAGAGGCUGUAUUAGUAGUAUUUCCAUGGGUAGUUUUAUGAGCCUGAUGAUUGUUCGCACCCUGAACGUGAAAAACACCCAUGGGAACCUGGCUAAUCCCCGUUAUGGCCUUUGGAAAUGAUUGUUGUGGGAGCUAGAGGCGUCUGAGAGCACGGCCCGUAGUCUGGCACUGGGAAGGGAACACCACCAGCAUCUGUCAGUGUCCCGCGCGUCAUCCCGGCGGAGGAAGGAAGGCAAGGCGGUCACUGAUACGGUGAGACGCCUGCUGGACCAGACUUUAUUGACGAUUUUAUUAACUGGGUGGUUGUGUUCAGUCAUUCCGCUCCCCCAAGACCACUUUUUUCGCCUUCCCAUUAUAGCUAAAGGACAAAAUGCAGGGCAGUGUUACGGUAAGGCGCCUUCAAGACCAGACUUCCAUUGAUCAUUAUUUUAUUCAUUAGCUGUGUCGAGUCACUCCACGCCUUCGAUAACACCUUUUCAUAGUACAGUUAAAAGGACGAAAUUCAUGCUUCCUUAAGUAUAUAUUAGUGAAGGUGCCGAUGAGACCAAAACAACUUAUCUACCAACAGAUCCCCAUAAAUUAACCUAACGCAUAGUAACCCAUUAAAUCGGUUUCCUAUUGCUUUACGUUCUGGGGAAGACAUACCUGCCUUCCUAACUUCCUAACUUCCUAACGGUGGUGUGUUGAGAUGUGGUGUCGUGCUGUGUCGUUCCUUCAAACCGGGUGUCUUGGGGCAAAAUGUUCAGUAUUUGGUGGCGGCGGAAUGUAACCUAAGGACCUCGUUUGUUGACCAGCUGUUUCCUCUCAGACUCAGAUAGAUUGCGUCGUUAUGUUGGAGAAUUGUUUCGUCUCUUUCCUUGCCAUUCUGCGGAGGUUGUUAGUUCAGUCGGUUGUUAAUGAGGUGGAGACGUGAUCACUGCGCCGAGCUGUGUGUGUGUGUGUGUGUGUGUGUGUGUGUGUGAAAGAGAGCGAGAGAAUGGGCGUGGGUAUGAAAAAAAAGUUUGUCAGAGGAGAACAUAGUGUGUGUGUGUGUGUGUGUGUGUGUGUGUGUGUGUGUGUGUGUGUGUGUGUGUGUGUGUGUGUGUGUGUGUGUGUGUGUGUGUGUGUGUGUGUGUGUGUGUGUGUGUGUGUGUGUGUGUCUGUGUGUGUGUGUGUGUGUGUGUGUGUGUGUGUGUGUGUGUGUGAAUGCGAAAAAAAAAGUUUGUCAGAGGAGAACGUAGUGUGUCUGUGUGUGUGUGUGUGUGUGUGUGUGUGUCGGUGAAGCACUGCCCGUACAGACUCCAUACAGUCGGCCCCUCACGCAGCUUUUUCGGGUUGCAACAAAAAUGAAGUUCGACGUCUAGUAUUGUAAAGAAUUAAAAAAAAACACAAAGCAAAGUAUGUCUGAACGGUACCAAUGGCUAUAGACUAGUUGUAAAAUGUAUAUUACGCUAAGCUGAUUACAUUGUCUUAUAUUUUAGAUCACAUGUUUAGUGUACUUAAGAAGCCAACAUAUUUUUCUGGAUAUAGUAUCUUGUUUUUACCAAUAAGUGCUACAGGUGUAAAGCAAAUUCAUGUAAUGCUCAUACUCUCGAUGCUGUGCUUUGCUUAUUUUUCUUAUUUUAUUCCCCUUUCCGUUAUACUUCAGUUUGUCCCAUAAUGCAGCCUCUUAUCGGGUCUGUUCCGUUUUCUAAUUUCAAAAGCCAGUUAACAAGCCACACACACACGUUCCCAGUCUGUAUUUGUUAGUAACCUGUUUCUGUUUCUUAAGGUUUCAAGUGUUCAUAUGAGCCAUCACGUUCAUGCAGUCCUCGCUAUGUACAUGAUGAUUAUAUGCAUGACUCGCUUUUAACCCUGUCCGAUCCGAGGGGGUACAUAUCUGGCCUCCCCUCAGCAGUUUUUAUACCGUUGUUUUGUUUUUUUAACCUUUCACUAGCUUCUUUUCACUCAUUAUUCAUUAUUGUUUUACACUAUUAAUUAUGUAUGAGCGUUAUCGUUGUUCAGAUCAAUGAGUACGAUGCUUGGUGUUGCGAGCGCGAAAAUUUGAACACGUCGGAUCGGAUUGGGUUAAGGGAGGACCUCCGAACGUGACCCAACCGCGCUAAACUUAAAUUCGGAUUGGAAGACUUAUUUCGUUAUUCAUAAAAUCAUAAGUAUUUUUUUAGAACCCAACCUGUACGUAUGACAAGGACUGCAUGUUCGUGAGUCUCUCAAAUUUGAUAACUUAGUACUUAUUCAUUUAGGCGUUUGAUCUGCCAGAGUGAUUUGGAGAGAGACGAGAUUGUUCCCAGGUACAAAUAGGUCUGCGAGAUGUUUAACAGACAAGAGAUGCAUCCAAGUGUUGAGUCUGGCUUUUGUUAACACAUCUUCCCCCACCACAGCAGCUAUCCACUGAUCGAUAUAGGAAACUGAGCCGAACUUUGAAUGUUAGAAUGAUCAAGUGACGAAAAACUGACGUGAAACUCAACUCAGAUCUUCAGUAACAGCAUAGAAGUACCUAAUAGCCUGCCAUCCUGUGUUCCAUUGCAUUGCCGUUUACUACUCUGAUAAAUUAACGAAGCCUUGAUGUAAACCCCCAACUCCGUUAAACCUGCUUAGAAUUAUAACGAAUAAAUAAUGAUAAAAUAACGAAAUAUUCAAUGAUACACUACCCAACCUUUUAGUCACGUACCAUUCCAUCAGCCAAGCAGGAGGCGGAGGAGGGGAAGUAUCAGGUUAAAACACUCAAGAUCAUCAUUUAAACCUUCAUUCACGUCGGUUUGUUUGUAUAAAGGAAUCGAAGCAAAGGGUCUCAGCCGUGCACCGAAGACGAACUCGUGCGCGCAGCCUUCCAAUCAGCCAGUCAGUCAGUCAGUCGGUGCGUUGGGCAGGAGAGCAACUAGUCUUAUUUUUAGUUAGAUGCGCAGUGACGGAUGUUGCAUAUGGCGGGAGUGUCGUCCAGAGGGAGCCAGUGUAGAGAGAGAGGGUCAGAAAGGGUGUUCGAUAGUCCGUUCCUGAGAGCCUGUCAAGAUUCUCAACGCUAAUUCGGCCACGUCGCUCACUUCGGCAACGUUAUAACAUGGUCUUGAUAUUUUUCGCAGACUGGAGAAGAUAAAAAUGCUAUCGAAUGCCUUUUUUUUAUCUCCUCAACUAUAUAUUACCAUUUGAUAAUUACAGCUGAGUUGAUGUUUUUUAAUUAUCUUCUCUCCCUCCCUCUCAGUUUUUGGUCCCGUCUUCCCUCCUUAUAUCUGUAGCCUUAUUUCCCUUGUUUCUCCAUUUUGCAUUCUUUAUGGUCUUCCCUACCCCUUUUCCUCUUGCUACCCUCCUUCCCCCGUUCCCUUCCCUUUCAUUUUCCUCCUCCUUCUCCUCUUUUAAUGGCGCAGGACCCUCUUUAUGCUGUCACGAUAUGCAGGUAAGGGGUAGAGGAACGAAGCUGCGUGUUGCCCUGUUGAGUAGUCUUGCCGGGACGGACUGGAGCGCCGAAUGUUCAGGCCCUCUCCAGCGUUGCCAAAUUAUCGUACACACCGUAUUGCAUUUUCGUAGUUUCUGACUGAUAUCUAUAGCAAAAACAAGCAAACAGACAUCAAUAAAUAACAGUUUUAACGACAAUUCUAAUAUUCUUUCGUUAUUUGUGUAGAUACGAGAGUUUGAGGCUUAGAAAUGAUAAAUACGAUGUGGUGAGUACGAUAAUCUGGCAACGCUGACCCUCUCGUGCUGAAUGCCGGCGGAUGAGAUGAGCGUUUGGGGUUAAAUUUACUGAGGCCACAUUUGUUUUAUCUUCAUUGUAUAUUUAGUUCCGUGGACAUCAUGGCGGCAUGCUGUGUGUGUCGUGGUGCCAGAUGUACUUCCUUGCUUUCAAUUGUUCUUAUGUACUUCACACAUUAUACUUAUGCAUAAACUGUCGAAAGGUUUAAAAAUAAAAGAUAAUAUUUGU